UAUCGCCAUCCUCAGCUCAGCAGAGAGAGACAGAUAGCACGACGACAACCAUGACUAUCACGUCCUUCUACCUCAUCGGCAAAGCAGGGGAUGUGCUGAUUGAAAAGCACCAUCGCUCCCCGCUGCCCAGGAGCGUCCUGGACCCAUUGCAAGAGGAGAUUACAAAGGCAUCUCGACACGAGGACGUGCCAUCCGUUGUGUCUGGACCAAAGCACUACCUCAUCAACAUCCUGCGAGAGAACAUCUUCUACGUCGGCGUGUGCCCAUCAGAAGUACCGCCGCUGUUCGUGAUUGAGCUGCUGCGGCGCAUCGUCUCCAUCUUCGAGAACUACCUUGGCACAGCGCCAAAGGAGAAGCUUGUUCGACGCGAAGCCGUCCUGCUGUACCAGCUGCUCGAGGAGGUUGUUGACAAUGGCUUCCCUCUCACAACCGAGCCCAACGUGCUUGAGGCGCUGAUCAUGAAGCCAACCGUCCUCAACAUGGCGCUGCGGGGCGUUGGCCGCAAGAAGACCGUCGAAGACACGCUUCCUUCAGGACAGUUGAGCGCCACCCAUUGGAGAAAGAGCAACGUCAAAUACUCCACAAACGAAUGCUUCAUCGAUGUGGAGGAACACGUCAGCGCCAUCGUCUCGCGUUCUGGCAACCCAGUCACCGCAUCCGCCAAGGGCAAGGUGAUCUGCCGGUGCCACCUGUCUGGAAUGCCCGACUGCACGCUGUCGUUUGCCGACGGCGGGCGCUGCUUGGACGACAUCAGUCUCCACCCGUGCGUCCGCAUUGCUCGCUGGCAGAACGAGCGCAUCAUGUCCUUCAUCCCACCAGACGGCAAGUUUGAGCUGGCCGGGUACCGCGUGUACAAUGUGCCGACGCUCCCGUUCAACAUCCGAGGCAUGGUCAACUACAAACAGGCUGGUGGAGGCCGCAUCGAGAUUGACAUUUCACCAAAGGGCGCCGUCGUCUGUGACAACGUUGAGCUUGCCGUGGAGUUUCCAAAGGCCGUGAACGGCGUCACCGUCAACACAUCCUUCGGCAACUGGUCCUUCGAAGAGUUGACGAAGACACUGCGUUGGACGAUCCGAAAGCUGCCCGAGCGCGAGACACAAACCCUCCGCGGCUCUGUGUCGCUGGCAGUGUCUGAGGCGAUUCCAGACGGCAACCCGACGAUCCAGGCCAACUUCCGCGUGCAGGGCGCCACCGCCUCUGGGCUGAAGGUCAAGGAGCUGAUCAUCUACAACGAGAAGUAUCGCGCGUACAAGGGCGUCAAGUAUGUCUCUAUGGCAGACGACUACCAGGUUCGCAUGUGAAUGUAAUCGAUGGUUUCCCUCGACAUGGUCGUGCGCUUAGCCACGCGCAGCGUAGUAGAUGUUGUUGGUGUUCAAGUUGAUGUGUCGCCUUGUUCCUGCUUUGAUCCCCCGUAGUGCCUGCUGUCGUGAUGUGAGUGUUGGGUUUGUUUGCUUUUGGCUCUGUGGCCGUGGUAGUCUUCGUUGCCUUGGAGAAGCUCAGUUGCCGGCUUGCGUUUGAUCCGUUGACUGUCGUGAUGUGCAAGCGCAUACACGGCACGCGUAUAAAGUCAAGAUCACACA